GAUUCGGGAGAGCCAAGGUUGCCCGUCAUGUCGUGGGCAGAUUUAUUGACGCCUCCGCCAGGCCAUGUGGAGAAAACAAACGAUCGUGAUUACGAAGUUGAGGAGCGCCGCUUCCGUACAAUGGAGGCUGCCAGCAACCGCCUCCAAAAGGAAGCCAAGGGCUACCUCGAUUCUCUCCGCGCCAUGACGGCCUCUCAAAUGCGCAUCGCCGAGACGAUAGACGCGUUCUACGGCGACUCUGGCGCCAAGGACGGCGUGAGCAGGAGUUACAAGCAGGCCGUGGAGGACCUCGACGCAGAGACCAUCAAGGCUCUCGACGGCCCGUAUCGCACUACGGUGCUGGAGCCCAUCACGCGCUUCUGCAACUACUUCCCCGACGUCAACGAAUGCAUCAAGAAGAGAGGACACAAGCUCCUGGACUAUGACGCCCUACGCGCAAGGGUGAAGAAGCUGGCAGAGAAGCCCGAUAAGGAUGUGACCAAGUUGCCACGGACGGAGAAGGAGAUGGACAUGUCGAGGGCGGCUUACGAGCAACUCAACGAGCAGUUGUGCACCGAGCUUCCACAACUGAUAGACCUGCGCGUGCCCUACCUUGAUCCCUCAUUCGAGGCGCUCGUCAAGAUCCAGCUGCGGUUCUGCGCAGAAGCUUACAGCCGCAUGGCGCAAGUACAACAGUACCUCGAUGCGGACACUAGAGAUCAAUAUGCACAGGGGCAUUUGGACUCAAGGGUGGAGCAGGUGUUACAGGAGAUUAGGGAAUUGAGCAUCAGCGGAACUGUGUAA